AUGCGUUCAGAUUCACGGAACAAUGUCGAGGAAACGAACUUUGGGAGCAGCAUAAUGACGGCAGGGAUGACGUGUCGCAAGUCCUCAAGAACGUCCUGUCAACGGGAACUCGAACUUACCGACUCGUCGUCGAUCAGCGAUGAUACGUGCACCGGGUCGGAUGGACAAGGUCGAAACGGCAGCGGAGCAAUUAGGUCCGGUAACCGGAGGAAGCGCAAAUCCAGUGGCAAAGACAAGAACGUCCGGAGACUAGAAAGCAACGAGAGGGAAAGACUGCGAAUGCACAGCAUCAAUGAUGCCUUUCAGUCGCUUAGGGAGGUGAUACCACACGUCAAGAAGGACCGGCGGCUGUCAAAAAUCGAGACGCUCACGUUGGCCAAAAACUACAUCAUCGCCCUGACCAAGAUCAUAUGUGAAAUGAGAGGCGAACUGGAUCCAUUCAAGGACUCGCAGGAAGGAUCUGGUGGUGGGGCUGUGUCCUCGGGCGCCACAAACACCGGACCGCCGUCGUCCAUAGCGGCGGCAACAGCGGCGGCUGCCGAAAUCGACAGACGGCUACAAUUAGCGUUACAAAACUCAGACGAAUCAAUGGAUCUUUCUUAA